AUGCCAUGCUCAUCUAUCUCUAAAAAGGAUGUAUUUUCACAAAUAGUCGAAAACCUCUACCUCUGCGGUGAAGGUGCCAAUGUUGACGUGUUGCAAAAAAAGGGAAUAACAUUGAUAAUCAAUGUUACAACCGAAGCCGAGUUAGACGAUACUGAACUCCCUGCGGAAAACACACGGUAUCUAAGGAUCCCGGAACUAAAUAGGCAUGAGACAAAUCUGGAACCCUACUUCCAUAAAGUAGCCGACAUGAUCCAUCAGGAACGCAAGGCCGGUGGCGCUGCUCUAGUUCAUUGCGUAGCAGGAAUGAGCCGUUCAGUGACAUUGUGCCUGGCGUACCUGAUGAAGUACGGCCAGCUAAGCCUAAGGGACGCGUACGAUCGCGUCAAGACCGUGCGGGCUCAGGUUGAACCCAACGAGUCUUUUAUGUUACAGUUGCUCGGGUUCCAACAUAAAUUGUUCGGCGAUCGAUCCACAUUUAUGGAUCUGCCGAACUAUUGCGGUUUGGACUAUAUUUUGAUGGAGAUCCGGAAUUCCCGGAAAAACAUCGCGCGUCGCUAG